AUUUUCGACUUUUGCUCGGAUUUGUAAAUUUUUCUGUGUUUUCGUAUGAAAAAAUCGGUUCCUCAUUCGACUCACUUUGUUUUUCUCAGAGGCUGACAGAACAUAUCUAUAACCUCCUCUGUUACUGUUUUCACCAUUAACAAGAUAUACGUUUCUGCUCGUCUUGCUUGGAAAACAGAGCAUGAAUCCCAUCGAGCUUCGCAUUUUCGCUUACCGAUGAAUAUAUUUUUAAUUAAUCUCUUUCAUGGCUCGUAAAAUGAUGAAUUUUAAUAUGGCUCAAUCAAAGACAUGGAAAGAAUAAAACAGUGUUUCGGAAAACUGAAAGAAACAUCAAUGCACGAGACCAAAAAACCGUACUUUCAGUUCAAUCGAUGAUGUCCUGUUUUUGUUUUGUUCUCUUCUUGAUUGAGACUGUUAUCCAAUAGCAUUUGAUUAAUAUAGUUAUUCUUUUUUGGUUCAGGGGGUUUUUCUUUUAUUGUUUUCUGGGGUCAAAAGUUCUUCUUUUCCUCGUUUCGGAGCUCGAGCAGUCAUUGAGAAAUGGGAAGGGCGACAAGGUGGCUGAGGGGCUUCCUCGGCAUGAAGAAGGACAGAGACAACGAUAAUGUCGUCGUCGACGGCUUAUGCCCUGCUGCUUCCGGCGACAAGAGAGUGAAGAAGCGCUGGAGCUUCAGCAAGCCCAGCAAGGAGACGACCGGUCAUUCGCCGUUUCCUGACGUGCCGGCGAAUGUUCCCGCGAGACGCUCCGGGGCCGGUGAUGGUCCGUGGCUCGGCCCCUGCGCUGUCGAUGCGGAGAAGGAGAAGGAGCGGCAGCAGAGCAGUCAUGUCAAUGCAAUGGCAGUGGCUGCCGCCACUGCUGCGGCAGCUGACGCAGCAGCGGCUGCAGCCGAGGCGGCAGUGGUGGUCGUGAGGCUGACGGCCGGUCCCGGGAGAGGGGCUUUGUUUGGUGGUGGGAAGGAAUUCUUUGCUGCGGUGACGAUUCAGAGUGUUUUUCGGGGCUUUCUGGAAAGGCGCGAUGAAUCGAGAAGCGAGUUCCACAGCAAGAGGUUUCCCGAUUCUCUUGACAUCCCGGUCGAUGAUUGCACCAAGGUGGUCGAGAUCGAUUCGGUCAUCAAGCCACGGUCGAGAUCCCGCCGAAUUAGCAGCAGCCCAUUAUUGGAAUCUCGUGAGCGCAUCCCCUACUCUUCGCCGAUUCCCUGCCCAGUCUCGCGUGGAGUUUCCACACCCGAUUGUGGGCAACCAUCGGAUCUUGAGUGGUGCAUGGUAGGAAAUGACUACGAGUGUCGGUUCAACAGAACGUGCCACAGCACUCCCGGGUUCCCUACCCCGGCCGGGACGCAAGCACCUUCCAUGCCCAUGAUUAAAAGCAUGCGUGGGGGCGGGGAUGGGCUCUUCCACCUGUACUCGAGUGUUCCGAGUUAUAUGGCGAAUACGAAGUCAUUCAGGGCGAAACUGAGGUCUCAGAGUGCACCGAAGCAAAGGCCGGAGGACGGGUCCAAGAAGAGGCUGUCGCUAAGCGAGAUUAUGGCAUCUAGGAAUAGCAUAAGUAGUGUUAGAAUGGAGAGAUCAUUUUCUCACCUUGAAGAAAUUUUCGAGUGAUUAUGAUUUUCGGUAGUGAAAUUUUUCGAUGUACUUGUGUGCCUAUGAAAAAGAAGCAAUUUUC